CAGAUGUUGUGGCCGUCAUCCUUUCUACAGGAAGGAGGAUACCACGGGACCCACGAAAAGGGUUUGCCUAGAUAAGCCCUGUCCCUGCGCGCCAACCUUCCUCUUCAUAUCCUUCCUCCUUACCUUGACCAACGCAGGUACGCGAGGAUCAGAACGAUGGUGCAUCUCACUGCACCUGUCCGCUCGAUCUCCUGCGUCUCCAGAGGUUGUUUUGAUCAUGGAGACUCAUUUCGCAUCAGGGAGUGCAGACCAAAUCUACUGAACUAUGAGUGUCAGCAUCAACAGAGAAAAGCAAAUAUGAGGGGCUGUCAAACAGCACGAGGAGUACCUGAAACUGCAACAGCAAUUUUAGUCACAGUACUAGCUGUUGGAACUGGGGCAGCAUUUGUUUUGGGGAACAGAAAAGCUUCGGAAUUCACGGAAAGCCCUUCCAAGCCAUGUGAAGCUUGCGGUGGUUCUGGUCUUUGUGCAGAAUGUAAUGGUGAAGGAUAUGUGCUCAAGAGACUGGGCGAAGCAACUGCUGAGCAGGCUAGAUUAAACGCAAAGAACAUGGCCACUCGAUACACUGCGGGGCUGCCAAAGAAAUGGAGCUAUUGUUCCAAAUGCUCCUCUGCCCGGUAUUGCAGAGUCUGUGAUGGCCGAGGUCAAGUAAAAGGUUGAUGGCAUUUAGAAAAUGUAUAUCGUCUAUGAAAUACGUUCAUGUCAGGGAAUGAUUGUACUUCUCUUGGAAGUGCAAGCAGGUCACAGUUGCUGAUCUAGAGUAGAUAGACUUCUUAUGCACGCCCUCAGGGCAAUCAUUCACUUAGAAUAAGGUGUUAGACAUGUGAACAAAAACUUUUUCACUGAUGAUAAAAAAUCAAAUUCAUUUUAUGUUA